UCAACAUCAGCCAGCAUUUGGGCAAAGGAUCCGCUCUGUGAUAAGGAGAGAGGAAUGACCGCUCUUUUCUGAUUCGCAAAACAUUUCCACAAAUUUCCAUAUUGUGUUUUUUUACUUCAGGCAAAUUCCACGUAGUGUCUGAAGGCAGCGCCGGUGUUUAAAUAGGAGAGCAAACUGAAGGAUUUUUUUUUUAAUCAAUAAUGGCUAAGAAAAGUCCCUUUGGUAGGAAAAGUUUGAAAAGUUUGUUUUCCAAAAGCGAGGCAAACCUGGCCAGCUCGGGGGAGAAGGACAGUGGUGGAAAAUCCUUCAAACUCUUCAAGUGGAAGAAGAAGAAAUACGUUUCACACACAGACGAUGCUGACGAAGAAAAUGCGGUAGUUUCCAGCCCGGGAGAACCCGACGCGAGUGAAGAUGUCCUCGACCACCCCAACAUCCACCACGGUGCCACUGCAUCUGUGUACAGCACUGUCCCCAGGGCAAAGAAGGAGUCUCUCAGCUCCUCAGAGACUGACCUGCAUAAGAAGAAGUUCCACACCUUCUCUUUCGGCUGGAAGAAGAAGAAGAAGCAGAAGUCGCAGCUUUCUGCUGGGCUGUCCCGGAGUGUGGCGGAGCUGGACGCCUGCACGCCGAGCUUUCAGGAGCAAGAGCAGGAGGACUUGGACGGAGGAGAUCGGGAAGAGUGUAGCGGGGAGCCAGGGGAAGAGAGCAAGCGUGUCAGAUUCUCUGCUUCUUCACCACUAGGAGAGCAGCUUCCGUUGCUCUCUCUGGAGGCCCAGGAAGGGUCUGAGAUAUUGGAAGAUCCUUCCAGUGUGAUGAGCACUUGGUCCACUGAAGAUGGCUUGGCUGGGACAUGGCACCCACAGCCAAGCUGCUUCUUCUCUGCUGAAUGUGACGAGCAAGAUGCUGCAAUCCCUGAUGCUGACCCCUCUGGCCGUGCUGACAUGCAUCCCAGCAGCAAUGUCUGUCCCCAAGCAACAUUCGAGACAGAUGUUGGCCGCCCAGUCAUUCCCACCCCUGACUCAGUUUUUUCUGUUAUUGCUCCAUCUGUCUCUGUCCUCUCUGAUCCCGAUCUAAACCCUGCUGGCAGUUACCACACUGACUUUUACCAUCCAACUCAUGUUGAAUCUCAACCUUUCCAAUCCCAAAUGGGCCUCUCUGCCUCUCUCUUUGACACACAGCCCUCCGUUUGUGAUAGAUACUCUUAUACCCAUAGUGAUGCAGACUGUACUGUGCCUGACACUGAACACCCACUUACUGAAACUAAUAAGUCCUCUUCAGAUGACACUGACCCCACCUUGGCUAAAAUUGAGAGUUCUCUGUAUAACAGAGACCCCACCAGAUACAACAUUGACUCUGCCCUCCGCAGUGACAUUACCUCCUCAGUUUUAAGCAAUCGUUCCCCUUUCAGUAAUAUUGACAACAGCUCCUCCCUCACCAGAACUGACCUCUUACAACCUUCUCACAACAGCGAGUCCUCAGCACUUGACAUCACUGCUUCCUUCACAAAUGUAAGCUGCUUCCUCAGUAGUGAUUCCGGCCUUACACACUCAGAUCACGCCGAAAGAUGUGAAGUCGUCACCACAGUCGACUCUACCCCAAAUCGAAAGGCUGGUGACUCACUAGAUACUUGUGACACUUUCCCAAAAACCGUUGCCACUGAGUCCCAUACAGAUACCUGUCUUACAGACUUUUUUUCCACCAGUGAUGAACCCACCCCCAGAAAUGAUCGUAUCUCUGUAGGGACAAACCGUGAAGCUCCAGGCUCAUACCUUAGCAGUCGCUCUGUGCCGCCUGUGGACACUGGCCCCCGCUUCCUGAGUGCCGAGUCCUCUGCUCCACUGCUGCCUACUUCUGACAUCAGUGACCCUGUCAUCCUGAAAGAAGACACUCUCAGCACUUCUGACUUUCAUUCUCCUCCUCAGUGUGUUGCUCUGUCCACAUUCCCUCUUACAAGCAUCUGUCACUACAAGCCAGAACUUGACCAAGAAAUGGGGAAAACGGGAGAGAGUCUGGGCACCCGAGUAAAAAUAGAGGAGGUGGAGGUGGGCAUGGAACAGAAGGAGCGAGAGGCAUGGAGGGAGGGGCAGGAGACAGAGGUGAGGAUGAAAGACCUGGAGCCUGAGGUGAAGAUGGAGGAUCAGGGGCAAUGGAGGAACCACCAAGAAGUAGAAUUACAGAUCGGGCGCAUUUGGGCUGAAGGUAUACCUGGGGCCAAGAAGAUGGAAGGGGGGAUGGAGAACCAGGAGGUGAGGAUGGAGGACAAUGACUUAGGAGCUAGGUUUCAGGAACAGGAUGCCAAGCCAAGAAUAUUGGACCAUGGAACAGGGAACGAGAUGGAAGUCCUAGGCGCUAUAAUGGGGGGGGGAGGUGGAGUAGAGCCCAUGAGCUCAGGUCAUCAGGAGAUGGAGGCUAUCAUGAGGGAACAAAAGGGAGAACUGGGAAAGGGUGACAAGCAGCUUACGUUUCAGAUAGCUGGUCAGGAGCAACAACUGAUACUGGCUGGUGACGUCAAGGAAGCAUGGAAACCUGACCAGACUGAUGACUCACACGACGCUUGGAAGGUCACGCAAGUGGCUGGGAUCAUUUCUGCUGUUUUUCCAGGAUCAGGGGAACUACGUGAGGAAGACCAAAAGGAGGAAGAGUCCUCUACUCAUAUGCGUGAUGAGUAUCUAGAAGGAGGGAAGGAAGAAAUGGAUAGGGGCUAUGGACGAGUGGAGCGGGAUGGAGAGAAGAAGCACAGAGAGAUGGAAGAGAAUGCAGAGCAGGAGGGAUCUCAGUGGGGCUUUGGAGAGUCAAAGCAGCAGCGUUUCAUUAGCAUCGGUGGGGAGGGUCUGCAGUGGCCUCUUCAAUCGGUGCUGAAACCAGACGUACCUGUCUGUCAGGUGCAGGCAUCUGAGGAAUGUCUGACUGCUACGCCUACUCAGGGGCACGAGGAGAAGGGGGCAGGGCUGGGGAUGGCUGCUCCGGCCCUCCUGGAGAGAAAAAAGCAACCAGGAGACCAGACAGAAUCUCAGUGCCGGAAUUCCCAGAGUGGAGAGACAGACGACAGCACAGGAGCGGCUGCCGGCGCUGAGAGGACACUGACUGUGACCUGGAGAGAGGCCAACACACUCAUCCUUCGGGACAGCGUGGCGAGACCAGAAACAGCCGGUGACAGCGAGGAAGGAAGAGAGGGCAGCAGAGAGAGAGCCGGCGGCCUGCCCAAGGACCCCGAGGGAGUCGUGCAGAGGGCCGACACAGAAGCGUUCCCGAGGGCCUCGGCCACAUCGCAGGCGCCCGAGACCACGCAUGCGGCUCUUCCCGCGGGGCCCCAGGAGCCGAGCCGGGAAACACGUGGGCCUUCUUCCCGUGAGCAGUCCCUGGCUGUUGUAGGUCUCCAUUCGGCUGCCCCAAAGCAACCUGCUUCUGAAAGUGCUGGGCCCCAAACAUUCCCUGGGUGCGACGGCGCCAUGGACUCAGGUGUGGCAGUUCUGAGCACCACCCUCAGUGUGAGGCCUGCUCCGGCACUGCAUGCCCAGGGAGAGUGGAAGCAGCGCUUCCACAAGGUAUCACUGGUGCAUGCAAGUGAGCAGCUAGUCCCCAGCCAGGAGCCUGAUGGUACCAGUAGGCUACAGGCUGCACCUAGCCUCAGCUCUACCUACCAGCGAGAUCCAGAGCACAAGGAGGCCCGCCUGCAGGUUCACUAUGUGGAGGAGACUUUUGUUUCUGAUCUAGGUGCACCUGAAUCCAGGAUCUCCUCCAUGCCGUUCUCUCUGUCGCGCUACAGUCCGGUGGAGUCUCUCUCUCCCCGUACGUUUCAGGAAUCACCCAUGACCAUAGACUCUGGGGAAACACCUAGUUUCCUUGGAAACAGCAUUUGGCUGAGCGAAGUUCAGCGAGAUAGGCGGGACUGGGCGGAGCCGACAGCGCUUGUAGGUGACGCGGUGAGAGAGCAGAGCAUAAAUACAGGCCUGGACACGCAGGUGCGCUCAGAUGACGACCGUACCUUGCCAGCAGAAGAGGACCUGUUCUCUGGAGUCUUCCGGGCCAUGCGUGUGGAGCUCCCUCCCUCCCCAACCAACCCCACCGUGCCGGACUUAGACUUCCCCAACGACAUGAACGCUCUGGUAGAUACCCUCAAGAGCCUGGAUUGCCCUCCCAGACACAGGGCCCCCCGACCACCACCACUGGCUGCCUUCAGCUCACUUCCGCCCAUCCGGGAGGACACGCACUCUCCAGACCACAAGCCAGGGCUGGAAAAGCUCUACAGCAACCUGAGUCAACCUCCAGGCAGCGGCCUGAGCAGGAGCUCGCCCGCGGAGAGGUACACCCCGCUGGAGAUGAUGAACCGGAAGCCAGAGCUGGAAAUGCUCUACAGAAGCUUGAGUCCACCUCCGGACAGCGGCCUGAGCAGGAGCUCGCCUGCGGAGAGGUACACCCCGCUGGAGAUGAUGAACCGGAAGCCAGAGGUGUCACCUCCGGACAGCGGCCUGAGCAGGAGCUCGCCCGCGGAGAGGUACACCCCGCUGGAGAUGAUGAACCGGAAGCCAGAGGUGUCACCUCCUGGGCAGCGCAGUCGCUCGCUGUCCUUGCCAUUCCUGGAAACCCUUCAGAGUUCCCGUCAGACUCAGAUGAAUGGAGUCUCCGUGGCCGGUUCUUCACGCCUGGACGGCAGCCUGCUCUUCUCAAGCUACCUGGCCGAUCGGGCAACGGAGAACGGGCCAACCUCAACGCAUCGCUCUCUGCUCCGUACGGUCUCCACGCCUGAAGGUGCCACCACCACGCGUGACCCAGUCAUCUCCGGACACUUGUCCUUUCUAAUGACACCUCCCAGCUCGCUCUUAGGACCUGAGUUUGGCAACACGACGCUAAUGAUGGGCCUUCCUGCGACUAGCCCCGGUGAGCUCCCCCACACGCCCAGCAGUUCCCUGGACCAUUUCACUCGGGCUAACCCGCCACCCAGCCACCUAAACGUGCAGCGCAGCCUCACCAGUAACGGAUCUAUUCUGUCAACCAACGAACCCCAGCACGUGUCUCCCCUCAGUCCCACCACAGAGCCGGACAAGAAUGUGGUGCUGAAGUACAGGGCCUUCCCCGACGCUUAUCUCACCAAAGAAAAGGAACAUGGCAAACUCAACCCAAGGCCUGGAAAGAUGCUCAUCUACAGUCAGCCUGGUUUCUCCGGGAACGCAAUCGAGGUGCGUGCCGACAUCAUCGACUGCACACCUUGGCAGUUUCCGGAAAGCAUCUCUAUUCGGGUGGUCAGGGGAGGCUGGGUUUUGUAUGAAAAGCCCAAUUUUAUGGGCGAGAAGAUCGCGCUAGAGGAGGGUGACAUCGAGCUGACUUGUCCCUUUGGCAAGAGCGCGGAGGGACCGCAAAACAGACAGGAAAAUGGAGAGAGGAAUGGGGAGAAAAGUGGGGAGAAAAACGGACAGGAAAAUGGAGAGGAGGCUGGACACAAGGACGAGCAGACCGAUAACGCUCCAGCGGAAAAGAAGUUUGUCAUCGGCUCCCUGCGCCGGGCAGUCCGGGACUACAGUGUUCCCGAGAUCUGCCUGUACCCCGAGGAUAACGCAGAGGGCAAGAAGGUCAUCUUCAGGGACACGUCACCUGAUGCCCGUAUUUUUGGCUUCCCGAUCAAAGCAAGCUCUGUCAUCAUCAAUGCUGGACUGUGGCUGGUGUACCCCAAGCCCUUCUUUACGGGGAUCCCUCGGGUGCUGGAGGUGGGGGGGUACCCCGACCCUACAGCAUGGGGAGUCAAAGAGCCCUAUGUGGGCUCCUUGCAACCGCUCAAAAUUGGAGAGCCCAGAGUGGAGUUUCCCAAUGAUCCAAAGCUGGUGAUCUACGAGAAGCCAUACUUCACAGGGAAAUCUCGUGAGAUCUACACCAAUAUGCGCGACUUCAUCACUCGAGUAGACACGAAUCAGAACACCUUCAUGUACAACGUUGGCUCUGUGAAAGUGCUGGGCGGCUGUUGGGUGGGCUAUGAAAAGGAUGGCUUCCGUGGCCACCAGUAUUUCCUGGAGGAGGGAGAGUACCAUGACUGGAGGGUCUGGGGCGGCUGCGAUGCAGAGCUGCGCUCUGUGCGCCUCAUCAGGGCUGACCUCUCCGAGCCCAUGCUCGAGCUGCUGGCACUGCCUGAGGAAGAUCAGCUGGCGACGGAGGAGGAGCAAACUCUGGAGGUGACAGAGGCCAUCCCCGAUGUGGAGCUCUUUGAAUUCCAGACCUCGACCAAGUCCAUCAACGUGCUGAGCGGGGCGUGGAUUGCCUACUCCCACGUGGAUUUCUCUGGGCACCAGUACAUCCUGGAGAAGGGCUUCUACAGCUGCUGCUCAGACUGGGGCUCCGAGGACAAUCGCAUCUGCUCCUUGCAGCCCAUUCUGCAGGUGCCGAAUGGAAAAGUGAGCUUCAAGAAUGAGGUGAUGCUCUACUCCGAGCCCAACUUCCAGGGCACCUGCCGCGUCUGCAUGCAAGACCUGGAGAUCCUCCCAGAAACCAUCAAAAUAAUGUCCUGCAGGGUCCAGGGUGGCAGCUGGGCAUUUUACGAGGACCGUAAGUACUCGGGAAACAUGUAUGUGCUGUCAGAUGGGGAUUAUCCAAAUCUCACAAGCAUGGGCUGCCCCCUCAGAUGCUCCCUAGGCUCACUGAAGUCCAUCCCGAUGAUGUUCACAGUCCCCUCCAUCUCCUUCUUUGGCAUGGAGUCUUUUGCGGGGCGGGAGUUUACCAUAGAGAACGAGGUACUGAAUCUGCUGGGUGAAGGAGUCAACAACCACGUUUUGUCUGUUAAGGUCAACCGUGGCUGUUGGGUGCUGUGUGAGUACAGUAAUUACAGGGGGCGCCAGAUCUUCCUGGAAACCACGGAAAUUCCCAACUGGCCCAAAUUCAGUAACCUCCCAACCAUUGGCUCACUAUACCCAGUUAGACAGAAACGCUGCUACUUCCGCAUCAAGAACAAGGAGCGAGGUCAUUACCUGUCUGUCCAGGGGAACAUGGAGGAGAUGAAGUCAGGUCGGGUUGUGGUGACGGAGGAGGUCGACGGCUUCAGUGACAUUUGGUUCUACCAAGAUGGGAUGAUAAAGAACAAGAUGGCCCCCUCCAUGAGCCUGCAGCUGAUGGGCAACGUGGAAGCUGGGGCGAGGGUGAUGCUGUGGGCAAUGACCCGCACGCCCAUCCAGACCUGGUCUGCCUGCAUGGCUGGACCCAUCGCCAACCUGACCUUCCCAGACUUGCUGCUGGACGUCAAGGGGGGAAAGACCUAUGACCGGGACCACGUGGUCGUUCUGGGGCCGGCUGAGGAGAGAACCAGUCAGCAGUGGGAGCUGGAGCUGCUCUAACUGGUGCAGGGUGACUCUUUGGAUACAGCCUUCGGGGUCUUGGUGCUUCGCUGGUGGGGAAAUCACACAGACCGCCUGCUAUGCUCACCUACACACGGACCAAACAUGCGCUGUGUUCAUUAGCAGAGCGGAGCGUGGCGGUCGGCAUGACUACAGGCAGCGUCUGUGAUUGGUUCCAAACGCUCUGCUGAUGCUGGAUGCAGGACUGGUUUUUUUCUUCGUGGACACAUGUAUUAAUAUAUUGCUCUGUACAGUGUAUAUAUAGGUUGGGCAUGUGAGCAGUAACUCAUCCUCAUUUAGGAAAAGCUUAAUAUAAUAUCAUUUCUCUAUGGGUGACGUAUGCUUGACAAGGUUGUUUAUUCCGUGUUGUAUUAUGUGCUAUACACUGAAAGUCACUGCCAUUGUUUACAAUGUAUUCGCAGAAUGACAGAUCUUGGACUUUGCUGAAGCUUGUGACAUAUUUUUAUACUGGCAAAAUACAAACUGAUAUGUGCUUGGUGGUUUUACAGUCAUAUAUAUAAAAAUAAACCUUUAUGUGAGAGUUUUGAUUUGAUUUGA